AUGUUUGGACGAAGACUCCUUCCUGUUCUUAAAAAGUUUCCCAAUAAAGCAGUAGCAAAAUCUCCUUCAUGUGCAAGCAAUGGUCCAUCAAAUGAUAGGUUUACAAUGUUGACUUAUAAUAUGUUGUCUCCCCACUACAUGUGGCCCCAAGUUUACACCUAUGUUCAAGAAAAGUACAAGGAUUGGGGAUACAGACAUCAAUUAUUGGAAACAGAAUUGUUUUACAAGUACAAGGCGGACAUCAUUUGCUUACAGGAGUUGACUGGUACCGAUUACAAUGAGUUUUGGAAAGACCAGAUGAAGAAUAGAAUAAAUUAUGGGUCUAACUUUGCUAUUAAACCCCCUCCAACGUAUUGGACAAAAUCAGAGAAAGACAUGGAUGGGGUAGGCAUAUUCUACAACCUGGAUAAAUUCACUUAUUUGUUCUCCAAUCAAAUAUAUCUCAAUGAUCUCGUAGGGACUUUUGAUCAGCAAGAGCUUAACUAUCUUCAUAAUCAAAAUAUAACACUAACAAACGGGGCAGGCGAUGUAAUUGGUCAAGACAAUGUGUACAAUGUAUCGAAGGCUAGAAACCAGGUUUGCUUAUUUGUGCUCUUAAGGCACAAAGAAACGAAGUCGAUUAUCGUAGUCAUUAAUACACAUCUUUACUGGAAAUAUGAUGAAGUCAAAUUAGUCCAAUGUUUAACUAUCAUGCGGAAACUACAACGAAUCAUUAAAGGUUUAUUAAUGGGACUUGAAGAUGUCACUUAUUCUAAUGUAAAGAUAUUGUUUAGUGGCGACUUCAAUUCCACAAGAGAUUCCCUGGUCAUCAAGUUCUUAAACGGAGAAAUGAUCAAUCAUGGGGAUAUCAAUUUACAGAACCCAAUGCGUGCCUAUUUAAGCCAUUCCAUCUAUGAUGAAAUCCCAGAUGAUUCUUACAUACACACUUGCUAUUCAGGGAAGCUAAAAGGUAUAUUUGACUACAUUUGGUUCCACCAAGGAGAUUUCGAGGUAGUAAAGGUUCUAAGUGGUGCAGAAGUAUCAAAAGAACUGGAUAGUCUACAACAGUUUGGUCUUCCGAAUGAAAACCAUCCAAGUGAUCAUAUCCCAGUGCUAACAGAGCUAAGAAUACUAUGA